AUGUCAGAAUAAUUGAAUGCUUCCUUUCUUAAAUAAGAAGAAGACAUUAUUUAAUCAAAAAAAGAACAAAUCUUAUAAUUCUUUGACCAAUAAGGUUAUAAACCAAAUACUGUCUUUGAUGAUUAACUAUGGUUUUUACCCGAAAUCAAUAAGACUUAUGAUCAUCUUUUAUGGAAAGUUAUUAAUGAUACCAUUGGUUAUGAUUAUAAUAAAGACGAUCAUGUAGAAUGAUAAUUUUACAUAGUUCGCAACAGAAACAAAGAUUGAUGCUUUUGUUCAAACGUUAUUAGAUGAAGCUAAAAGGAUACAUAUAAAAAUAGUGGAAUUAAAAAAAAACAUAGAUUAUAAUAAAGAGGAAAUAGAUAAUUUUGACAAGUUUUCAAAGAUAAUUGAAGCUAGUAAUCAUAAAUAAAUUCUAUGAUAGAUAAAACUGAAUAUAAUUAAGAGAAUGCAUUUGUAAUAUCAUAUGUAGAUGAAAUCAAUUAGAUAAAUGACAUAGCAAAAGUAUAAUAGUUUUAGAUUAUAAGUUCUACACUAUCAAAUAUAAGAUUGGUACAAUACUUUAGAAUUACUAAUUAUUAUAUCCAGAAAACUCUAAUCGAUCUACUUGCAUUACUAAUAAUCCUUAAAUAGAAUAAAUAACUUUAAUUGUAAUGGGAAAGAGAUUAGAUGAUAGUAUUAGAGAUGCAAGAAAUUCAGGAGAAGAUUAUCAAGAAUUAGCUUAAAUUAAAAUACCAAUUUAAGAUAUAUACUAAUAAGUAAGACCUAGACAUUUUGCAUUACCUACAAUUCCAUAAUAAUAUUUGAUAGUUAAUUACUAAGAUUAAAGUUUAGAUGCACCUUAUUGUGAAAAUGUAACAAUUAAUUUACGUUUUGAUCUUCGAUUGUCUUAUUUAUAUAGAAUUUAAAUAAUAAAAGAUCAAAAAUAAUAUAGGACUGAAUUUAUAGAAGUAAAGAAAUCAAAUAUCUUAUUAGAAAUCUGAAGAAAAAUUAUAAUAGCAAUUAGGAUUAAUGUAGCAAUUAUUAUUUCCAUUUAAAUCAGAACCUAAAUUGCAUUAUGUGAUAGCCAAAGGAAUAGGUUUAUAAUCAGAUUUUAAAGAUGAUAAUAAGGAAAAUUAAUAAAUUUUAGAAGAAAUUAGACCUAAAAAAGAAAGAGAAUCCUGCUGCCUUAUUUGUUGA